ACACAUCUUAUCUCCAACUUUCAUUUAAAUAUCCAUCCAAGUUCUUUUGUGCUUAGUUUUGCUUUAUAUAUAGCAUUAGGAACGAACGGUUUGAGAGCUGGUUUGAAGCAAACACUUAAAGGUAAAUCUUGGGAUGCCUAAGUGGCUCAGUCAGUUAAGCGUCUGACUCUUGAUUUAUGCUCAGGUCAUGACCUCAUGGUUUGUGAGCUCAAACCCUAUGUUGGGCUCUGCGCUGACAGUGUGGAGCCUGCUUGGGAUUCUGUCUCAUUCUCUGCCCUUUCCCUGCUUGCUCACUCUCUGUCUCUCUCAAAAUAAAUAAAUACAUAAACAAACAAACAAACAAUUAAAAAAAAAAAAAAAGGUAAAUCUGAUGAUGCUGAAACUAUUCCAGGCCAGAGACAAACAUGGAAAGGCCCUAGUUAAUGUCGUAAAGCCAACACAGCAUUAAUACAAAGCAGUAGAAUCCGGAGAACCUACACUCCCGGCCCACUGCCAGAGGAUGGGUUUCCCAUUAGGGAGUUGUACCGUAGGUUCCCAUGAACACUGCCUUAGGCCACGCAUGCUCCCAGUGGCAGCUGUAGCCAAUAACUUUUGGCAUAGUUAUCCAGCAUUUUUGUGACAAUAGCUGAGUAAUAGAGUUUCAGUUUUUUUUAAGUGUGCUACAUAUGGGAAAUAAAAGAGUUGACUCAUUUUUCUUCAAAAAGCCUUCCUAAGAUCAACAAGCAGCAUUUGGAGCAGAGUUUCUCAAUGGCACUAUUGACAUUUGGGCUCAAAUAAUUCUUCGUUAGCGGGAGAUGGAGGGCUGUCUUGUGUAUUGUAGGGUGUUCAACAGCAUCCCUGGCCUCUGUCUACUAAAUGCCAAAAGUACCCCAUCCUCAGUCGUGGCACCCAAAAAUGUCUACAGAUAUUGACAAAUGCUCUCUGGGGGCAAAAUUGCCUCACUUGUGAAUCACUGAGUUAGAAGGCAGAUUUGGGUUCAUUUGGAGAAGAAACUUUCCCACCGUGACUGCUUUAAUGAAGUAAGCUUCUAGACUGGAUUUGAAGUGGACCCUGUGGGAUUUACUUUUUCAUUGCACAGAGAUUAGUUCAUAAAACGUCUAAGAAGUUUCCCAAUGCUGACUCCCCACUCUGAUGAACUAAUCUGGAGAGGAUUUCAUCAUUUUUUAACAUUUGUUAGGGAGACUUUAAACAAAAUCAUAUCUUUGACAGUCUGUUCAGUUCAUGAGAAUAUUUCAGAAGCAUUUUCGUAAAUAUGAAAUGAUAAAUGCUGUUUAAACACCAGUAGUUAAUUCAGAUUGCUUUCAGGACAUCUCUUUUAUGAUCUGUUUGGUAUUAAGGGAUAGUACUACCCCUUUCUUUUUGCUAUGUAAUAUAAGAUAGUUUUCAAUAUGUCUUUUUUAAAUCUUGGAGAAUGUUAUUUGAUCAGCAAUGUGUAUAUUUCUAUAUUAUAAUAAUUAGGUCACAGGAAUGUCAUGUUUUUUAAAGCUAAAUUUUAAGUUAAAUCACUUUUACAGGAAAAGCAUUUUCAAAAAUAUUUAGUUCUGUGGCUUGACUUCUACUUUGGCUAGGUCAAUGGAGAUCGCUCAAGAAUCCAGAGAGUUUCUGUAACCAAGAGGGAUGGAGAACAGUCCCUCACUUCACAGAACCUUGACACCCCAGACUCUUUUCUUACUUAGAGAAGGAAGCCAGAAGCUCAUUAGUAACUACAUUCUGUCUCUAGGCAGUUGAGGCUAACCCCUGGCUUUGCUAAGUCCUCCUCUGCAUGUUGCUGCCACCACCCAGCAGCAGCCUUUGGCUCUCUCUGGCAUAGUUGGAGAUACUCUGAAGUUGUCGAGUGAAGCCAGAUGAUAGCAGUGUCUGUGCUGGUAGGAUCUAGUAUUAGAAUCAGUCGCUAUUUUAAGCUGCUAUCUUUGCAGGGACAGAAAAGUAGAUACCAGGAAUAAGGGAGAGAGGGACAAGCAUGAAAAUGAGGAUAUUUGUGAAUCUGUGUGCUGAAACAUUUAGAGUAUAUUCAGGAAGAACAAAAGAGCCAAAUAGUAAAUGUGGCGUCUUAAAGAUAACACUGAAACAUUUUGCUUAAAAAUGGGUUAGAUUAAAACAUUCUUUACCAAGGGAAUUUGACUUAAAAGAUAUUUGGAAGAGGAAGUCCAUUAUCAAACUAGCAGCUACAGUUUCACAAACAGAUGUACAAAAUUUGUUAGAAUGUUAAUCAGGUUUCUGAUUAAUGUUCCAAAACACUAGAAAUUAUAGAACUUCCUUUUAUCAGUCUGUAUUAUAAAGAAGUUGUGAAAUUUAUAUGAUUAAGUUAGAGAAGUUUUUUUUUCUAUUUUUAAGAAUAUUAGAACAAAGCACACUUAGGGUUAGAUUCACUGAAGGAAUUGUUGAAUUUUAUAGUUAGGAACAUGAAAUGAGAAAGUUUUACUAACGAAAAGAUAAUAUCCUAGAAUAGCAAAUCCUCUAGUUGGAAUUCUGUUUACUAGAGACAAGUAUCAACAUAGUAUGUAUGUACCUCUAGCUACAUGUACAUGGCAGGAUACUCAGGUCUCCAUUUCUCUUGGACCUCUAACCAGUUGCAGAGGGAAUAAACAAUGAAUCGCAGUAUUCUAAAGAGCACAUUGUAAUAGGAAAGGCUUGUGAUGACAUGGAAGCCAGCCAGAAAUUAAUGCCAGCCAAGUAAAUAAGCAGUCAGGUAAGAAUAUGCAGUGUUUUCACAAAUGUCCGAGAGGUCCUCUUUGGAUACUGUUAAUAAAACAGGAAACUGAAAGGAUGAGGCAGAGUCCCAUGGGAUUGUGUUUUGUGCACCGUGAUAGCCCCAGUGCCUGGAACAGUGCCUGCCCAUAAUGGACAUUGAAUAAGUAUGGGGAGGAAGAAGACAAAUGUAAAAGUAAUACCAGGUCAGAGGAAGAAAUAAAUGUCCAAGAGUGAAGAAGAGUGCAUUUUAAAACAUAGCCCAGUACCUAGGAAACUUGGAUAAAUGUGGUAACCGCUUGCUGCUUUGCCUCGCUUUCUUUCCCACAUGACAGUACAACUCAUUAAAGGCUCUGCCCUACUCAUCUUUGAACCUGGAGACGAUAGCAGAUGGUAGUAUCAUUUAUUGAAAAGCUGUGGUUUAUAUUAAAGCACUGUUCUUCCCUGGAACAGUCCUAUGAGGUAUUAUUGGCCCCAUUUCUGAAAUAAAGGAAACAGAAGGGGAGGGAGGUUAAAUAAUCUGGCCAAAGCCAUAUUGUGGAGCUCGCAUUCCAUCUCAGGAUUGUGUGACUCCUGAGCUCCUAUACAGAAUUUUUAGGCCAGACUAUCCAGGUGCUCAGUAAAUGUGUGCUCAGUGUUUUUUAAAAAUGAAGAUUAGGUGUCCUAAAGAAUUCACCAAGGAGAUGGCAUCAAGCUAGAUCUUAAGUAAAAGUAAGAUUUGGAUGUGGUGAAAUGUUGCCAUCAUCCCAAAGGUACAUAUUUUAAAACUCCUCCUCUACUUUAAAGUAUUUUGUCAUCAUUUCACUAAAUGAUGUCAUUAUAUAUAAAAACUUGCCUUCUAGGGGAGCCUAGAUGGCUCACUUGGUUAAGCUCCCGACUUAGGCUCAGGUCGUGAUCUCACAGCUUGUGGGUUCAUUCCCUGCGUCAGGCUCUAUGCGGACAGCUCAGAGCCUGGAGCCUACUUUGGAUCUCUCACUCUCUGCCCCUCCCCCGCUCACGCUCUGUCUCUCUCCCUCUCUGUAAAGUAAACAAACAUUAAAAAAAAAUUAAAACUUGCCUUCUUCUAAUCACAACAAUUAUAUCCUUUUAAUGUGUAACAGUUUUGUCCUUUUAAUAUAGUUUUUGGAUGUUUUUAACUUUGUAUAAAUAGUGGUUGGUGUCCCACAAUAUACUUUUGUCCCCACUAGCAUUAUAUUAUUGAGAUCAUUUAUAUUAUAGAGCAUAUAGUAUUCCAUUGUGUGAAUACACCACAGUUUAUCCAUUCUGAUAAUGAUGGAAAUUUUUUGUUAAUAUAAACAAUGAUAGUAUAAAUAUUCUUGUAUGUGUCACUUGGUGCACAUAUAUUAGAGUUUUCCAGGGUAGUGGUUCUCACAUUUGAGCAUACAUCAGAACCACCUGAAGGGCUGUUUAAACACAGGUUGCAAGGCUCAUUGAUUCAGGAAGUCUGGGGUAAGUCCCAAGAAUGUGCAUUUCUAACAACGUCUCAGGUACUAAUGAUCUAUUGAUCCAAGAACUAACUGCUUCAGAGUAUAUAUCUAACUGUGGAAUUGUUGGAGUGAAAUAGAGAGUACAUACUUUCAAUUUUACUAGGUAAUGCUAGAUUGUUUUCCUAUCAGCAAUGUGAAAGCAAAUUGUCAGACUUGAAUUUUUGCCAGACUGGUGGGUGUUAAUGGUAUCUUAUUAUGUGGCUGAAAGGGGAAAUCGAUAUGCUUUUUUUUCUUCAUAUUAAAACUUUCAGAAUAGACCCUAGAAGCAGCUUCUUGGCUCCUUCUCAAACCUCAGGCAGGUUCAGCCUACUUGCCUCCACUCCAACUUCCACACUGGCCUCCACCAUGUCUAUCAGGGUGACCCAGAAGUCCUACAAGGUGUCCUCCUCUGGCCCCCGGGCUUUCAGCAGCCUCUCCUUCACUCACGUGCCUGGCUCCCGCAUCAGCUCUGCCCUGUCCUGCGUGGAAAGCGGCAGCAGCUUCCAGCGUGGCCUGGGCAGCAGCAUGAGUGUAGUUGGGGGCUAUGGCAGGCCUGGGAGUAUGGGGGGCAUCACGGCUGUCUCAGUGAACCAGAGCCUGCUGAGCCCUCUUAAGCUGGAGGUGGACCCCAACAUCCAGGCCGUGCGCAGCCAGGGGAAGGAGCAGAUCAAGACCCUCAACAACAGGUUUGCCUCCUUCAUCGACAAGGUGUGGCAUCUGGAGCAGCAGAACAAAAUUCUGGAGACCAAGUGGAACCUCUUGCAGCAGCAGAAAACCUCUCGCAGCAACAUGGACAACACGUUUGAGAGUUACAUCGACAACCUUCGGCGGCAGCUGGAAACCCUAGGCCAGGAGAAGCUGAAGCUGGAGGUGGAGCUUGGCAACAUGCAGGGCCUGGUGGAGGACUUCAAUAAAUAUGAGGAGAUCAAAGAAUGUGCAGACAUGGAGAAUGAAUCUGUCCUCAUCAAGAAGGAUGUGGACGAAGCUUACAUGAACUAGGUGGAGCUGGAGUCCCGCUUGGAAGGGCUGACUGAUGAGAUCAACUUCUUAAGACAGUUGUAUGAAGAGGAGAUCCGUGAGCUGCAGUCCCAGAUCUCGGACACGACUGUGGUGCUGUCCAUGGGCAGCAGCCACUCCCUGGAUCUGGAUGGCAUCAUUGCCAAGGUCAAGGCCCAGUAUGAGGAGAUCGCCAACAGCAGCCAGGCUGAGGCUGAGACCAUGUACCCGAUCAAGUACGAGCAGCUGCAGACAUUGGCCGGGAAGCAUGGGGAUGACCUCCAUCGCACAAAGACGGAGAUUUCCAAGAUGAACCAGAACACUAACUGACACCAGGCUGAGAUUGAGGGCCUGAAAAACCAGAGGGCUUCCCUGGAGGCCACCAUAGCUGAUACCAAGCAGCGUGGGGAGCUGGCCGUGAAGGACUCCAAUGCUAAGGUGGCCGAGCUGGAGGCUGCUCUGCAGCGAGCCAAGCAGGACAUGGCCCGGUAGCUGCAGGAGUACCAGGAGCUCACGAACAUCAAGCUGGCCCUGGACAUCACGAUCACCACCUACUGCAAGCUGCUGGAGGGCGAGGAAAGCAGGCUGGAGUCUGGGAUGCAGAACAUGAGCAUCCACACUAAGACCUCCACCGGCUACUUGGGUGGGCUGGUCUCAGCCUACAGGGGCCACAUGAGCCCUGGCGUCAGCUAUGCCUUCCAGUCCGGCUUCAGCUCUGGCCAGAGCUCUGCUUCCUCUGGCCAUGUCAGCUCCUCCAAGGCUGUGGUGGUGAAGAAGAUCGAGACCCGUGAUGGGAAGCUGGUGUCCCAGUUGUCUGACGUCCUGUCCAAGCGAACAACCACUGUGGUCCCUCCCAGCCUCCCUGCUCCCGUGGCUGCCGUAGAGCCUGUGGGGGAAGGAGCCGUGCAGGGGAGCGUCGGGAAUGGGAGGCCCACCUAAGCCUCACCUCAGUCCUUGGCCUACCCUUAGGGGGAGUCCACCACCCUGGGUACCCCCCUCUUGCUCAUGUCCCCAGCUAAAAGCCAAUUCAAGAGUUUUUCCCCAAAUAAAGCCUCAGAUGGCUCUGCCAAUCCCCCCCUUCCCCCCCAAAAAACCUUUCAGAAUAUGCGGAAUUGAUUCAUUUUAAAUAAUAUUUUCAGGGCACAGGAAACACUCUUUUCCACAGAAAAAUCUGAUCAAAUUCAGUUUUGGUUGCCUAAGAAGAAUCUUAGAUAAUUGUUGUAAUUUUUAAUUUUUUUAUUCUUCCAUUGGCCUUUUUAAAAAGGAAAGAACACGGGAGAAAUUCCACUUUAGUGAGACUUGUGUAAACUGAAUGUACUCCGUUUAGUUGAGGAUGGUGCAAAAGGCUAAUUUGGAAAGAGUUGAUUAGAUACCACACUAGUUUUAUUGCGUUCCUCAGAGAUACUCCUUGAAAGCCAGGUCCAAGCUGACUUUAGGUUUAACAGGUUUAACAGGUUCACAUUCUGCCUGAGAAGCUACUGCAGACCUGGCGCCUCCUUCAGAAAUGUUGCUUUCCAGGGGCGCCUGGGUGGCUCAGUCGGUUGAGCAUCCAACUUCGGCUGAGGUCGUGAUCUUGGGGUGCGUGAGCUCAAGCCCUGCAUUGGGCUCUUUGUUGACACCUCAGAGCCUGGAGCCUGCUUCGGAACCUAUGACUCCCUCUCUCUCUGCCCCUCACCCUCUCACGCUCGCUCCCUCGCUCUCUCUCU